CAGACACAGGUGCAAGAGAAGGCGUACCGAGAACCAGCUCCUCAGAACCAGCGCCGCCGUCUCCUCCAAACAGGCUCUUGCUGAUCUGCAGCUCGUCGCUGGUGCCGAACAGCUCCUUUAGUAUAUCCAUCCCCUGAUCCCUACACUUCUAGCUAGCAGCACUGCUCUUCUUUACACAAAAUGCGCUCCCGAUGUUUCGAUAUUAUUCUCUAAUUUAGCGAAAGAGCCACCGCGUGUCUCGCGCUUGCUCGUGCGUGGAUUUUUGGUGGAGCCGUUUGCAAGUCGUUGAGGGAGAGAAAUGGCGGAGCAGCCGUGUUACACGCUAAUCAACAACCCCUCCGAGACGGAGAUACCCAACGAGCAACAGUUGCGGAACGAUUUAGAGCACGGUGACAACAGACUGAAGGCGACGGCGCUGAAGAAGGUCAUCCAGCUGGUUCUGAGCGGCGAGCGUCUCCCGGCGCUCCUCAUGGUGAUAAUCAGAUUCGUGUUGCCGUGUAACGACCACCAGAUAAAGAAACUGCUUCUGCUGGUCUGGGAGAUAUGGCCCAAGACGUCACCCGAUGGAAAACUGCUGCACGAGAUGAUUCUGGUGUGCGACGCCUACCGCAAGGAUCUUCAACACCCAAAUGAGUUCAUCCGAGGCUCAACUCUGAGGUUCCUCUGCAAACUGAAGGAGCCGGAACUCCUCGAACCUCUCAUGCCCUCGAUCCGUUCCUGUCUGGAACACAGACACGCCUACGUACGACGGAACGCCGUGUUGGCCAUUUACACCAUCUUCAAGAAUUUCGACCAGCUCAUCCCAGACGCCCCGGAGCUGAUCCAUUCCUACCUGGAAGGGGAGCAGGACGCCUCGUGCAAGAGGAAUGCCUUCAUGAUGCUGAUCCACGUCGACCGAGAGCGAGCUCUAGACUACCUGACGACCUGUAUCGACCAGGUGAACGAGUUUAACGACAUUCUUCAGCUGGUCAUCGUGGAACUGGUCUACAAGGUGUGCCAUGCAAACCCGGGUGAAAGGUCAAGGUUUAUCAGGUGCAUCUACAACCUGCUCCAGUCGUCUAGUCCGGCUGUCCGCUACGAGGCGGCCGGUACCUUGGUUACCCUCUCCUCCUCGCCCACUGCCAUCAAGGCAGCGGCUCAGUGCUACAUUGACCUGAUCGUCAAGGAGAGCGACAACAACGUGAAGCUAAUUGUCCUCGAUCGGCUGAUGACCCUGAAAGACGUCCCGGCCCACGAACGAGUCCUUCAGGAUCUGGUGAUGGACAUCCUGCGGGUGUUGGCCAGCCCCGAUCUCGAGGUCAGGAAGAAACUCUGUCUCUUGUUCUGGAUCUCAUCAGCCCUCGCAACGUCGAAGAGAUAGUCCUGGUUCUGAAGAAGGAGGUGGCCAGCACCAGUAAUGGCGGAGGAGAUGGGAGGGAUAAGAAGGACGUGACUGGAUACAGACAGAGUCUGGUCCAGACUCUUCAUCAGUGCAGCAUCCGAUUUGCCAGCGUUGCUCCUGCCGUUGUCCCUCUGCUGCUAGAUUUCCUCUCGGACAGCGACGAAGGAACAGCGGAGGAUGUGCUGGCGUUUGUUCGUGAGGCGAUCCAGCAGUAUCCGAGACUGAAGGGAAACGUGGUAGGGAGAUUGCUGGACGUGUUUGGAAUCAUCAAAUCUGUCAGCAUCCACCGAGGAGCUCUCUGGAUACUGGGAGAAUAUUGUACUACUGUUGACGAUAUCUCUCGCGUGGUUCAGGAGAUCAGGGUCUCUCUGGGAGAGCUGCCUAUAGUUGACUCGGAGCUGAAGAAGGCUGCGGGUGAAGAGACUCAGAAUGAAGAUGACCAACCGACCGCUUCCCACUUCCUCCUCCUCCUCCUCCUCGAAGCUAGUGACUGCAGCCGGAACAUACGCCACCCAGAGUGCAUUCACUGCCACGGCAACCAAGAAAGAGGAUAAAAUACCCCCUCUCAGAGGCUAUCUUCUGGAGGGACAGUUCUUCAUAGCAGCUGCCCUGGCUUCCACUCUCACCAAACUGGCAGUCCGAUACCUGAGUCAGGUCACCCAGACACAGAGCAGGAACGUGAGUACCGGGGUAUGGGGUAUGAAGGGAAGUGGGGGGAGAUGGAAUUGGAUGGUGGUUUUGUUUAGUGCAACAGAGUAAGAUUCAUGUGCUGUGGAAUGGGAGAAUGACAGCAUGAAAGAAUGGAGGUAUGAGAGAAUGGGGGAAUGGGAGUAUGGCAGUAUGAAAGAAUGAAGGAAUGUGAUUUCUCUGCUGCCAGGCAUUCUGUGGAGAAGCCAUGUUGAUUGUAGCGAGCAUCCUUCAUCUCGGAAAAUCUGGCCUCCCAAAAAAGGCAAUCACAGAGGACGACACGGAGCGACUGACCAUCUGUCUGCGUGUUCUGGCGGAGAGGAACGAGGUGUGACUCAGGUGUUUGGGGAGGGAUCACGAGAGGCCCUUGGUCGAUUGUUGACAACCAGGGAGGCCGAGGGGAAGAAGAAAAAGAACAAGGAUGAAGAGGAGGUUCAAGUCCACGCGGACGACCUCAUCAUGUUCCUCCAGCUGGCGCAACUGGAGGAGGGGCAGACUGAGAACAAGUAUGAGCUGAGUCUGAUGACCGCCACGCAGGGCAGCGGUGUUGCCGGUGGGAAGAGAGACGCCGAGAAGACACAAACACAGCUCAACAAGGUGAUUCAGCUGACAGGGUUCUCUGAUCCCGUGUAUGCCGAAGCCUAUGUGAACAUCAAUCAAUACGACAUCGUGUUGGACGUCCUUGUUGUCAACCAAACAGGAGACACCUUGCAGAGCUGGCUACACUAUGGAGACCUGAAGCUGGUUGAGAAACCUGCCCCCAUGACUGUGGGGCCUCACGAUUUUGUCAAUAUCAAGGCUAGUAUCAAGGUUUCUUCGACUGAGAAUGGAAUCAUCUUUGGAAAUAUCGUGUAUGACAUCAUUGGUUCCACGUCGGAUCGGAACGUGGUCGUACUCAACAAUAUUCAUAUCGACAUCAUGGACUACAUCCAACCAGCCAGCUGCUCAGACACAGAGUUUCGCCGGAUGUGGGCGGAGUUUGAGUGGGAGAACAAGAUCACGGUGAACACCAAUAUCACAGAUCUCAGUGAGUAUCUGGAACAUCUCCUACAGUCCACCAACAUGAAAUGUCUCACUCCCAAACAGGCCCUGACAGGCGAAUGUGGGCUCUUGGCCGCCAACCUUUACGCACGCAGCGUGUUCGGGGAAGACGCUCUCGCCAACCUCAGUGUUGAGAAACCCAUGGCAACAGAGGGUGUGGCUGGCGACGUCGCCGUGCAGGGUCACAUUCGCAUCCGUGCCAAGACUCAGGGAAUGGCUCUUAGCCUAGGGGACAAGAUCAACUUGUCACAGCGGGCAACGAAAUCCUAAAUUAUUGGAGAAACAUUCUAGCAAUAAAGAACAUUGAAUUUUUGGUGUGUGUGAUCAUGAUGUAAAUUGUAAAACGAUUUUCAUUAAAAAAAGGACGAUAAAGUGCUUACAAAGGGCUUUUUUGGACAAAUUUUGGGUCUCAUGGGUGGGGAAAAAUUAGAAUGGGUAUAUAAAUUUGUAGUUGUCAGCUAUAAUAGAUAUAGAAUUUUUCGUCAGUUGUUGGAGGUGGAUUGGGCGAAGCGUUGUCUCAUCUUAGCCAGAGCGUCGUUCAUCAUUCGAUCUUUCCUCGCCUUGGAGACCAGGUCCCGCCCCUCCCGCUUUGCUCUCGACUGGGCGGGGCUUGAUGAAGGGGUGCGGCUUGUUGGGUGGGCGUGGCCGACUGGUGGUGAUGGGGGUGUGGCUUACUCCCACGUCAAACGUAUGAGCUCUUUUGAAUGGAAACCUCUUCGCAGCUUGCUCCACCAGUUUCUUGCGACGAUCGGGAGAGAUGAGAUCUUGUUUUUCUUGUUUCUUCUUGUCAGGAGUUGUGGGUGUGGCAGUGGGCGUGGCUCUCGGACUGCUUCUGGUCUCAUUCCGAGAUUUUGUUCCACUCUCAGUCUUGGUUCCAGUCUGCAGUGGCUCCGUUCCAAAGUUCUCAUCCAUGGUGGCCGAAAACGAGUCAAUGAUAUUCAUGGUCGACUGAAACUGGUCAGACAGGUUCAUCCAGGCCCCGCCCUCUCCGCCUGGCUCCUGAUGAAACGAGACAGAGGAGGCUGAAGCCUUGUGGACUGGACUUACGGUCACACUGGAUUCUCGCUGGUAGGCGUGGCCAGCUGCAGUUGCUGUGGCAACUUGACGAGGGGAGGAGUCUACUAGUGUCGUCACAGUGAUGACAUCUGACUGGAAUUCUUUCGGCUCUUCUUGUUGCUGGUGUUUCUCUUUCAUUUCCACCUCUCCCGUUUCUUCAAUUUUGACUACACGUCUUCCUGUUCCUCUUCUCCUCGUAUAAAGGACUAAAACACUGUUUCUCCUGCCAUUUGUUCCCUCUCUCCCUCCUCUCCCUCUCCAUCCUCUCCCUCUUCUUUCUCUCUCCUCCUUCUUCCUUCCCUCCUCUUCUCCCUCUGUCCCGUGCUCUCCCUCCUUUGCACCCUCAUCGUCGGUCGUACAGGUCCUUCAGGUCUUAGUUCUUGGUCAAGAUCUCUGACAGCUCAUAGUUUCCUGCGUCGUUUGCUUCUUCCUUUUCUUCCACCCUCUCUUCCUCCUCUUCUUCUUUCACCACCUCCCGCUCUCCUCCCCCUGCCACUUGUGGUCUACCUUCCUCCACAAUCUGAGCAAUUAUCUCUCCAAGCCCCCUCUCAACUGACUUCUUCAUCUUUUCACUCAAUUCUUUCCUCCGCCGUGAUUCUGGUGUCUCACCUUCCCCCUCCUCCUCCUCCUCCUCCUCCUCCUCCCUUCUUCCCUCUCUCCCCGUUUCUCCAAAACUGAACAAAACACUUUCCUCUUCUCUUUUUUCGUCGGUGGAAUUUGGUUUGUUUACUGGUGUGUUGUUGCCGUGGCUACCUUC